GUUGGGUUCCAGAUGUGUCCUGUGAAAGCAUUUACUUUGAAUGGAAGUUGCACUUGCCCAUUGAAAAUGAGACACUUCCAAUUGAACUUGCUUCUCAUCUGUAUGGCAACCACCACUGCAAUUCUUGUUGUGCCAUGGAAGGUCAAAUGUCCAUUGCAGUGUGUCUGCCAGAUCAGACCAUGGUAUACCCCCAGAUCUGUGUACAGGGAAGCCGCCACAGUUGACUGCAAUGAUUUGUUUAUCUCCACAGUGCCUGAAAGAUUGCCAGAGGGGACACAGAUUCUUCUCUUGCAAAGCAACAAUAUUGUCAAGGUCGAGCAGAGUGAACUGGAGUAUCUGAAAAACCUGACAGAGGUAGAUUUAUCACAGAACAGUUUCUCAGACAUUUUGGACUUUGGCCUGAAGAAUAUGCCUCAAUUGCUGAGUCUUCACUUGGAAGAAAACCAGCUGGCUGAACUUCCCGAUAACAGCUUCUCAAGCCUGGCUAAUCUUCAGGAACUUUAUCUUAAUCACAAUCAAAUACGCAGGAUUUCUCCCCAAGCCUUCUUAGGACUUGGAAAUCUCCUUCGACUCCAUCUCAACUCCAACUUCUUAAGGACAAUUGACAGUCGCUGGUUCCAAGUACUACCCAGUCUGGAGAUCUUAAUGAUUGGUGGCAACAAAGUAGAUGCCAUUCUGGAUAUGAACUUCAGGGCUUUAUCAAACUUGAGAAGUUUGGUUCUGGCUGGAAUGAACCUGAGAGAGAUUUCAGAUUAUGCUCUUGUAGGCUUAAAAAAUCUGGAGAGUCUGUCUUUUUAUGAUAACAAUCUGAUCAGUGUUCCCAAGCGAGCAUUGCAGCAAGUUCCUGGGCUUAAGUUCUUGGAUCUGAACAAAAAUCCACUUCCGAGGAUUAAGCAGAGUGACUUCACAAACAUGCUACACCUCAAGGAAUUAGGACUCAACAAUAUGGAAGAGCUGGUUUCUAUUGACAAAUUUGCAUUGAUCAACUUGCCUGAACUAACGAAACUGGACGUGACCAACAACCCUAAAUUAUCCUAUAUCCAUCCCAGUGCUUUCCACCAUCUCCCUCAGAUGGAAACUCUCAUGCUCAACAACAAUGCUCUAAGUGCUUUGCAUAAGCAAACACUAGAGUCCCUCCCCAGUCUGCAGGAGAUAAGCAUCCACAGCAAUCCCCUCCACUGUGAUUGUGUCAUCCGCUGGGUCAAUAGUACUGAGAACCAUAUACGCUUCAUUGAGCCUCAAUCCACAUUAUGUGCUGAACCUCCAGACCAAAGAAAACAUAUACGUGAUGUCCCCUUCAGAGAAAUGACUGACAGAUGCUUACCCCUCAUCUCUGACAAAAGCUUUCCUUCUCAUUUAGAUGUGGUAGAUGGAGAAGACAUCUCUCUUCAUUGUAGGGCUUUAGCAGAACCAGAACCAGAGAUCUACUGGGUUACACCAUCAGGUCUUAAGCUGUUGCCAUUCUCAGAAGAUGGAAAGUAUAAAGUGGACUCUGAGGGGACAAUGGAGAUUCGCAAGGUCACGGUACAAGAGGCAGGCCUCUAUACAUGUAUGGCUCAAAAUCUCAUAGGUGCUGACACCAGAAGUAUCAGUCUAAUAGUAAAUAGGUCUUUUCCCUUUAGUGAAGACAUGCUAGAGCUGAUCAUUGAGGAAGUCCAGACUUACAAUAUCCUGGUUUCAUGGAAACCUCAUCUCAAUACCAUUUCAUCUAAUCUCACUUGGUCCAGUUUCAACCCCAACUUGGACUUAACAAAUGUAGCCCGUAUUCCAACAGGUACCCACAUGUAUAACAUCACAAGAUUGCACCAUGAUACAGAAUAUUGGGCCUGUCUUCAUAUAGCAUUUGCAAAGUUGCAGACCAAGGUUGCCUGUGUCAAUGCCAGGACUAAAGAGGCUCACUACCAAUACUUGGAAAGCAGGCAGGGUGCCCUGAUGGUAUUGUUCCUCUGCAUAUUGGUGAUGUCUAUAAGCAUCAUAGGCAACUAUGGUUUAAGGUUCUUUCAAAUUUCAGUCUAGGAGCCAGGGAAUCUGUAUGCCAUGGAAAGCAGCCUCAUCUUCAGUUCAUGUAGAUAUCCACUUUACAA